AAACAUGGCCGCGCGCCCUGUCCACUGAAGAGCCGCUUUCGUCACUGCCGGAAAAAACCGAACCUCCCCGACCGGUCUGGUACGUAAACAAGGUCGGACACUGCAGCACACGAACCGAACUCUUUCCGUCGCGGGGUCCGCACGCUUCUGAGACGAGAGGAGAUCCAAACUGCUUCACCAGCCCUCCGCGGAGCAAGGACCAGACCAGCCAAGAUGAUGCAGUGUUUUCACUUCAUGGUGGAGCCGGCCAAAAACCUGACGGCCAAGAUAAAGGAAUCACACAAGAGAGCAAAUAAGGACAAGAGGGAGCCUCUGGAUGAGGAUCAGCUGUUUGUUGUGGAUCUGGCUAGAGACCUAAACCGCGUGUGCCAGAGGUCAGCAGUCCUGGAGCACAUCUGGAGCCAGGAUGACACCUGGCCAACUCCUCUCUGCAGGCUUUUCAUCCUGCAGUGGGCCUCUAUGCUGGAGAGCAAGAAGAGGCCCCUGCAGACCGAUGGCUGGCCAGAGAUGGAUGAGGGCAAACUGCCUGAUUUGAUUAAUGAACAGGACCUGCUGCAGGCCAAAAACCUGAUCCUCAACUGGGUCAGGGACCUGAGAGCUCAGCCUGAGCAAAGCGUGAGGCCUGGGGAACCUGUGGCAAAGAUUCUGGAGGACCUGCAGUCAGCCUGGCGUUGGGGCCGUGUCCCCAGUCUGCUGACUGCUAUGGAGCUGGUCAUGUGGACUUUAAUGCUGCAGCGCCCGGAUAAGGACGCCAUACCGCAGCAGUGGCUCAUGUGGAAGCAGAGGACUCAGAAUAUUGGUGCCAUAUCCUACAUUCCUCAGCCAGUGUGGGACUGGAUCUCAGAUGCUGCAGUUGAGGUGAGCCUGGAUCUGGACACAGCCAACCCUGAUCUGCUCAUCUCUACCGAUGAGAAGAGGAUGCGCUGCGGCUUUGAGCGGAAGGAUGUUCCCAACUACCACGAGCGCUUCGACGGCUGGUGGUGUGCUGUCGGGAUGGAGGGCUUCAGCUCCGGCCGCCACUACUGGGAGGUGGAGGUGGGCGAGCGGGACUGGCGGCUGGGCGUGGCUAAAGAGUCAUCCCUGAGGAAAGGCUUCAAGUCGCUGAACACCAAUACAGGGUACCUGACCCUGCGGCUGGAGAGGGGCACUGAGCUGAAGGCGCUGACCGUGCCCUUCACUGCCCUGCCGCCGGGCCUCAUCCCCCGCAAGGUGGGCAUCUACCUCGACUAUGACCACGGCCAGCUGUCCUUCUAUGAUGUGGAAAAACACUUACACAUUUACACCUACAAUGAGAGCUUCACUGAGAAGCUCUUCCCCUUGUUUGGUACAGUGGAGAUCAUCAAAGAUCUGGUGAUCAGGUCCCCGGCAGCCAAGACCCAAUGUCUCUGCUCCACAUCCUGCCUCUGGGGUUGAGUUUCCUUCUGUCACCUCUUCCUUCAAAAUCCAGUAGACAUCAUAUUAAAGUAUAAGAAACCAGGUUAUAUAAUACUGUAAUCCGAAACAGAGAUCCUGAUGUAAAAGACCACUAUGUGACCACACUCUACGCUGCUGCUGCUUCAAUGUGAUUGUUGCUACCAAGUUAUCAUGUUACCCUUUGCUCACAUACAUGAUGUAUUUUCAUAUGUUUGAAAUAAAGGCUAUAGCAUUAAUGUAAUGUAUUGUGCAAUAUUAAUCCUGCAGUGAGAAUGCACUCUGUGAAUAAUAAAUAAACCAAA